UAUACGUCUGGUGAAGGAUAAGAAGGAGAGAGAGACGCUGUAAUAUUUGACACUUUCCUCCUCCCUCUUCCCUUAUGCGCUCCACCUCUUCCCAGUUCAUGCCUGUUGUGCAGUGUGGAAGAAGAUGGUGCGGAGUAAAGUGCAGUGUAUAGGGCCGGCCUGGAGUUGCCUGCCUGUGUCUUUCCUUGUCUUCGUACUUCUCGUGUGUGACAGCCAGAGCAUCGCAGACGUAGCAGCCUUACAGGAACUUAUAAGAGUUAACGUGUCAACCCAGCAUGACAACAAGACGAUAAUAGAACAGGUGGCAUUUAAUAUCAGCUAUGAAAGAGGACAGAUGCAUCUGAAUGGAUUUCCUUUAAGUAAAGGUGUUUCAAGAAUAUCUUGCAAAAUGUACACAAUGGAAUAUGGCUCGCCCGAUGAGCAGUCAAGCGUUGUACGCGAGGCUUUGGUCAGCAUGCGAUUACUCAUUUCACACUGGCCCACAAAUUCCAGUACUGGAGAAACUAAGAUCAUUGUUCAGCAACAAGUGGUUGAAAUUGAUGGAAAUCAGGUUUAUCAAAAUGUGACAACGGAGAUGGAACUUGUAGUCAGUACAACUAUGGAAGUACUUCAGCACAUGAUGUCCGCUGUCAUUUUGAAUGAUACUUGGCUUCACUCCAUUCCAAGGACCAGCGAUGUUUUAUUUACCUUUCCCAAUAUCCCACAAGCUGCAGGUGACAGCGUUCCACAGGAAACCACGAGGGAGUAUAAUGUAAGGCAGAACACAACUAUAGAUGAAGAUCCAUUUCCAGGAAAGCUUCCAGAAACCCCUCUCCAAGCAGUGAUCCCAUCUUCAUCAUAUAAGGUGAUGUGCCAAUUUGCAGAUGAUCUGAGAGAUAAACUCUGCCUCAUCUGGAACGGCCUUUAUCCAGUCUUACUUAACCUUAUGGAAGUUUUCUUUGUGGGAGUCAUAACUGCUGCUUUUGUCUUGGAGCUACUGAAGUUAGUUUAUCCAUCAAGAGAAAACAGAGGAAUCCUGCAACCCAGUGAUAUCAAGGAUUCUGCCCUGCUUGUUCCUUUAAUGUUAAGCCAUGAAGAGGUUACAGUGAAAGCACGGGAGGCAGGAUAUAUAUAAAUCUAGGGUUUGCCUUCAAAACCCUGCUGCCAGUUAUAAUCAGGUGACGGACUUUAUUACCUAAAUUAUUUUAAGAACU